UUUUGGUUUUUUUUUUUUUUUUUUUUUUUGCAGAAAGUUUGGUUGGAUAAAGGCAUAGGAAAAGCUUGUGUUUUGAUAUCUUCCAAUGGAUUAGCGAUAACUGGGAUUGACGAUCGUAGAUACUGGAGUUGGAUUUCUACAGAGGAAUCCAGAUUCCGUUCAGUUGCUUAUCUCCAACAAAUUUGGUGGUUUGAAGUCGAUGGUGAGGUCGAGUUUCCUUUUCCUUGUGGGACCUACACCCUCUACUUCCGCCUACAACUUGGGCGGUCAGGCAGGCGGUUUGGGCGGCGUGUCUGCAACUCCGACCAUGUUCAUGGUUGGGAUAUAAAACCUGUGAAAUUUCAGCUUUCAACUUCAGAUGGGUAUGGCUCUAAACAUUUUCUAUGUAACGGACGUGAUUGGAAACCCGGUAUUACUUGGACAUUAUUGCUUGAUAAUGGAGCUGAUGUUAGUUCAGAAGCCGAAAAGCAACGAGUGAUCAUGUGUUUAAAAGCCGCGGUUGAAAGAAGGGCACCCGAGGGUGUGCGUCUCGGGCUAUUCAAACCCGACAAACCCGGACUGUUGGCCCAAGUGACACGAACGUUUAGAGAAAACGCGAUGAACGUAGCACAGGCCGAGAUAUCUACAACAAUGGGUAAUCAUUCUUCGGUUUCGAAAUCGACAUGGACAUCCAAUAUUAGCUCCGAAGAUAUGCUGACCGAAGUUCUGUCGUAUUUCACGCAACCAUCAAUACCGGAGAAGACGGAGUGUAUCUGGUCAUCCCAAGAGCCUACUUAUCGUGUCUCUAUAAAUACACAGCCACAUUCAAGCAUCCUCCCUUUCAUUAUGCAACCUGUGACUGAAUAUCGGAAGACACCUGCCAACAUGAAGAAAACCACUGUUGUUGCUAAUUGUUCAGAAAGUUUGGCGACUCUUGAAGAAAUAUUACACCAUGGUCGAGAAAAUAAGAAACACACGGUUCUGAUUCAGAUGGUUCUGUGGGUAACGCUCCAGGUGAAAGACAAGAAACUACUAAGGGGAACGUCGACUACAUGGCCAUGCAUUAGCGGCAGAAGAUUUGGUGAAUUAUUGAAUAAAACCGGAAGCUUUAUGAACUCCUUUAAGUUUUUUUCCUGUAAUGUAUGUUUUUAGACUUGGCAUACAUGUUUGUUCUUAAACAGAUUCCGCAAACAAAGUUUCCUGUGCUAUGCACGCCUUAAAUUUUG